AUUUUUGUCUGUGUAUAGUUAUAUUUAACAUUACAGCUUUCCCUCUGGCACUGGAGACUCCUUCCAAAUGAUUAGAAAUGUUUUCAAAGCUGUUUAUUAUCAGAGAGCGUCUGCUGGACACGCCCCUGACUCUAACGAGGAUGUGUCGUUAUUCGAUGCUGAAGAAGAGUCUGCGAAAAAUUCACGAAAAUCCAAAAUCAAACACCCCGUGGCUUCGUUCUUCCACCUGUUUUUCCGUGUUGGAGCGAUCCUGGUCUACCUCCUGUGUGAGUUCCUCAGCAGCAGCUUCAUCGCCUGUAUGGUCUCCAUCAUCCUCCUCCUGUCAUGUGACUUCUGGACCGUUAAAAACAUCACGGGUCGGUUGUUGGUUGGUCUGCGCUGGUGGAACCAGGUGGAUGAAGAUGGGAACAGUCACUGGGUGUUUGAGUCUAGAAAGGUGAGUGGGAGUGAGCGCUCAGCAUCUCUGGCGUCUGAUGCAGAAGCUCGGAUCUUCUGGUUUGGUCUGAUCAUCUGCCCUGUGCUGUGGAUCAUCUUCACCUUCAGCGCGCUCUUCUCCUUCAGGAUCAAAUGGCUGGCAGUGGUGUUAAUGGGCGUGGUUCUGCAGUGUGCUAAUCUCUAUGGUUACAUUCGGUGUAAAGUGGGAACCAGCAGCAAUCUGAAGAACAUGGCCACCAACUACCUGGGAAAGCAGUUCCUCAGACAGGCUGUGAAUAAACAGGAUGCACGAUGAAGCGGAGCUGCAGAACACAUCUCACUGUGUGUGAUAUUCCAGAAAAAUUCCCACAUAAUUCCUUUUUCCUGGAGUUGGCUUCCAGAAGGACAGAAGUGUGUUACUGCGCUGUAGUAUUACUGACACAACUCUAUUAUCACAUUAUCCACUUUUAUCCUCAGUAAGAUUUAUUUAUGCACUGAAGUGUGUGUGUGUGUGGGGGGGGGUUGUUUUUUUGAGGGGGAAAGUAUUUAUUUUACUUUUAAUAAAAAAAAUAAAAGUUUGCCGUUGGGGGUCACCAUCACAGAUCAUCAUGAUCCAAAUAUUUGAUUUGGUUUAGGUUUUACACCGGAUGCCCUUCCUGACGCAACCGUCCCCAGUCUAUCCGGGUUUGGGACCGGCACUAAGUCUGCACUGGCUAGUUUAACCCCAGUGGCUUAGCCAGUUAACCUAACCUGCAUGUCUUUGGACUGUGGGGGAAACCGGAGCACCCGGAGGAAACCCACGCGGACACGGGGAGAACAUGCAAACUCCGCACAGAAAGGCCCUCGCCGGCCACAGGGCUCGAAUCCGGACCUUCUUGCUGUGAGGCGACAGCGCUAACCACUACACCACCGUGUUAUUUUAGAAUGUGUAAAACAAACACACACUCCCCGGCCACUUUAAUAGGAACGUGUUGUUGGUUCUAAGAUCGCUGUUCUUGGCUGCAGGAGUGGAACCCAGUGUGUUCUUCUGUUCUGCUGUUGCAUGCUGAGAUGCUUUUCUGCUCACCACGGUUGUAAAGAGUGAUUAUAUGAGUUACGAUAUCCUUCCUGGCAAAAAAGCUCAAACCAAUCUGUCCAUUUCCCUCUGACCCUCUCUUAUCAACAAGGCGUUUGUUUCCACCCACAGAACUGUCGCUCACUCACUCAGUGUUUUUUGUUUUCCGCACCAUUCUGUGUAAACUCUAGAGACUGCUGUGUGUGAAAACCCCAGGAGGAGAUCAGCAGUUUCUGAAAUACUCAAACCUCACACUCAUCUGGCUCAAACCAACACCCAUACCACAGUGAAAGAAAGAAAGUCACACUUCACUGUGAGAUCACAGUUUUUCCUGUUCUGAUGUUUGAACAUUGUGAUCAUUAACUGAAGCUCCUGAUUUGUAUCUGCGCGAUUUGAUGCUGUUGAGGGAUCGGCUGAUUACAGAACUGCACAAAACAACAGAUGGGUGCUCCUAAUAAAGUGGCUGGUGAGUGUAUAUGUAUUCUCUGUCCUGAUUUCUCCAAUAAGAAUUACAGCGACAUAUUAAAAAGUAAAUUUAAAUUAAAUUCGUUAAAGGAAAGGAAAAUUAGUGGACAUGUUUAUUUACAUUUUGAAAACUUUACUUUUAUGAACUUCUGUUCAUUUUAAGCUGAGUUAAAUUAAAUAUAAAUGUUUUUUUUUAUUCAGAUGUCCCUCUAAAUGUAUUAUAAUUACAGAUAAACAUAAUUAAGCCUUAAAAAUCUGUAUAAUUCUGUGUUUAUAAAAUUUUACCUUGAGGUAAAGAAUAAAAGGUCCUCAGUAUCUUCCAUUUUUUCUUUUUUCCAUGUCUGUUGAAAUGUGAAUUGUGUACACUGGAUGUGUAUAAUAUUCUUCCUACGAUUCAGACAUUUCUGAUGUAAAAUUUAAUAAUUUCAUGUUGAAUAAAGUGGAAGAAGGUCCCGUUUUUAACCCUGUAGUUUGUGAUGCUGAUGGUUUUCAGACUGUGUGAUGAAAGCACUGGUUUAUCCUCAGCUCUCUUCAUUUCUGCACUGGGUUUAUCCUCCGCUAGUCCAUUUCUCAUUUCGUUCAUUUAUUAAAUACUUAGUUAUUUGUGAUUAUAUUUGUGUACUGUUUAUCUUAUGACAUUAUGAAUAAAUAUGUUUUCCAUUUCA